AUGGAUGACUUUCCAGCAAAGUUGGUGGUAAUUGCAGCACUAGUGUUGCUUCUUAUGGGGGAUUUCCAAGCAACUUGUGCAAUAUCACUUCCUCAUGAAGGUCGUGGGAGGAGUAGUUUAUGGCAUGUUGACUGUAGAGAUGGUUUGGCAAAGAUACAUAUUGGAAGAAAACAAGGUAGCUUUGGAUGUCAAGGUGAGAAUUUUAGCAAGAAAAUAAUGCCCAUCCGGCGCAGCUUAAGACCAAUCACUGGGCUGAAGCCACCUUCACCCACUCUGAAUCGAUCCAGGCGACAGUUCGUUCCAGCUCCCCCCAUCAUCCAAUGA